AAGAAACAUGGGACCCGCAGGACGCGUCUGCUCGGUGCUGCUGGUCGUCUGUCUGCUGGGGCUCCACCACUCCUCGGGAUUCUGGAUCGUCAACGUGGUCUUCCCGCCAAACGCCAAAUCCAGAUUACCAAGCAACAGCACUCCUCCGCUCAUUAUCGUGCCUGGGAACUUGGGGAACCGUCUGGAAGCUAAGAUAGACAAGCCCACACUGGUCAGCUGGUUGUGCUACAAGAAAACCAAGCACUGGUUCCCCCUGUGGAUUGACCUCAACAUGUUCAUGCCAAUAGGUUUAGACUGCUGGAUUGAUAACAUUAGACUUGUUUACAACAGGACGACUCGGCAAUCAUCCAACUCACCGGGGGUGCAGGUGCGGGUGCCAGGAUUCGGGCAGACAUAUCCCAUUGAGUUUCUUGACUCCAAUAAACUGGCUGGUUAUUUUUACACUAUGGUGCAACAUUUGGUUAACGUGGGCUACACCCGAAAUGAGACAGUCCGAGGAGCUCCGUAUGAUUGGAGAUUAGCUCCUAAUGAGAAUGUGGAGUAUUUCACAAAGCUACAGGACCUGGUUGAGGAGAUGUACGAGCAGUACCAGAAGCCCGUCUACCUGCUGGGACACAGCAUGGGCUCCCACUACGUCCUCUACUUCCUCAACCACCAGCCUCAGGCCUGGAAGGACAAGUACAUCAGGGGCUUCAUUUCCCUGGCGGCUCCAUGGGGGGGUGCUGUUAAACCACUUAGAGUCCUGGUGUCAGGAGAAAACGACGGCAUCCCGAUGAUUUCCAACAUCAAGAUCCGCGAGGAGCAGAGGAUGACAACGACUAAUCCCUGGAUGCUGCCAUUUGACACAGUCUGGCCAAAGGACCACGUGUUCAUCUCCACACCGACCUUCAACUACACUAACCGGGACUACCAGCGCCUCUUCACGGACAUCAACUAUGAGGACGGCUGGCACAUGUGGGAGGACACCAAGAACCUGACCAGUGAUCUCCACCCACCUGGUGUCGAGGUGUGGUGCAUGUAUGGCGUGGGGCUUCCAACUCCGGUGACAUACAUUUACGACGAGGAGUUUCCCAACGUGGACCCGGUGGACUUUGUUUACGCCGACGGGGACAACACGGUGGACAGCUUCAGCAUGGGCCUCUGCAAGCUUUGGGAGGGUCAGCAGGAGAAGCCCGUCCAUGUCACAAAGUACCGAGGGUUGGCCCACCUGGACAUAGUGUUCAAUGAACAGGUGCUCAACCAAAUCCAGCAUAUCAUGGAGGGCAAAUCAGAGACGCCCAACGAGAUUGACGUCCGAUUUAGAACUAAAUAGAAGGCAACAGCAUCUAAGAGUUAUAAGAUUUAAAAAAAAACACAUGGGAGAGCUGGAUUCUUUACAUAGCUGACUUUUGAAAGUUAUGUGAAAAAACACAUUCCACAUACGUCCACCAUUUAUUAGCGUUAAGUAAGUGUUCUAAACCAAUCUGGGCCAGCAACGGAUCUAACCUCAACUGCUGAUGGCUUCCAGUGUGGGUUUGACCCUGAUUUGUUUAUUUUAAUAUCCAAGCACGAUAAUUACAAAUAUUUUGUUUUUUUACUGAUGGUUCAUUUAAUGUUAUAUUUUUCUCGCAGUCCAUUCAGGCAACUUCAGAUAGUGUUACACGGUACAUCUUCUCAAAAAUACACAAUCCUGCUGUUUACUUUUGAUGGAUGGAUGAUCAUUAUUAUUUCCAAAGUGCCCACUCACCUAAUAACACAUAUUUAUCAUAUUCCAUGGGUAGUUAGAGCGUGACUGUAAUGAAAGGGUUAUAGGGACCUCACCAGUAGCCCUUUUUUACUGUAUAGGAUGUAUCUGUAAUAUUUCUAUUAGGAUUUAUAUAUUUUUAUCUGUAUGAAAUAUUUUUGAACAAAAUAUAAGACUAAUAUACAGCAGUUUAUAUAUGAAUGCAUACUCUUCUGUGAAUGCCAAAUGUAUUUGAAUGU